UGUAGUCGCCAGAGGUAUGUUCUUGGAGACACGGCAAUGCAGAAGAUGGCUCAGUCCCACGUAUUCCUGAGUGGUAUAGGUGGUCUUGGUGUGGAGAUUGCCAAGAAUAUAAUUCUAGCUGGGGUAAAGGCACUUACAGUUCAUGACACCAAGCAUUGCACGAAGUGGGAUUUGGGGAUCAACUUCUUCAUCCAUGAAGAUGAUAUUACCAGUCAAAGGAACAGGGCUGAGGCCACACUUCAUCGUAUAGCAGAACUCAAUCCAUAUGUCCAUGUAGCAGCAUCAACUGUGCCUCUAGAUGAAACCACAGAUCUAUCUUUUCUAAAGCAGUACCAGUGUGUCAUAUUGACUGAAGUAAGUCUGUUGCUGCAGAAGAAGAUUAAUGACUUCUGUCAUGCUCAGCAGCCACCUAUUAAAUUCAUCAGUGCAGAUGUAUAUGGAAUAUGUUCACGGUUGUUUUGUGACUUUGGUGAUGAAUUUGAAGUGCUGGAUACAACGGGAGAGGAGCCAAAGGAGAUCUUCAUUUCAAAUAUAACACAAUCAAAUCCUGGUAUUGUCACUUGCCUUGAAAAUCAUCCACACAGGCUUGAAACAGGACAGUUCUUAACCUUUCGGGAAGUUAAUGGAAUGUCAUGCUUAAAUGGAUCCACACACCAAAUAACAGUGGUGUCACCUUAUUCCUUCAGCAUUGGUGAUACGUCAGAUAUGGAGCCGUACUUACAUGGAGGCAUAGCUGUUCAAGUGAAGACACCUAAGAUGUUUUACUUUGAACGGUUGGAGAAGCAGAUAACAAAUCCAUUAUGCCUUGUUGCGGAUUUCAGCAAGCCUGAGGCACCUUUGCAGAUCCACAUUGCCAUGCUUGCCUUGAACCACUUCCAGGAGAGCUUUGGUCGUGGACCAAACAUUGGAUGCCUUCAAGAUGCUGAGGAAAUGCUGAAAAUAGCCAUGUCUAUAAGUGAAACACUGGAAAACAAACCUCAGGUGAAUGGAAAUGUAGUGAAAUGGCUGUCUAGAACUGCUCAGGGAUUUCUAGCUCCUCUGGCUGCAGCCGUGGGCGGUGUUGCUAGCCAGGAAGUCUUGAAAGCGGUAACAGGAAAAUUUUCUCCAUUGCAGCAGUGGCUAUAUAUAGAUAUGUUAGACAUUGUAACACCUCUAGAAAAGAUGGGCUCUGAAGACUUUCUCCCACGGGGAGAUAGGUAUGAUGCCUUGAGGGCUUGUAUUGGAGACUCUCUGUGCCAGAAGCUGCAUGAUUUGAAUGUUUUCUUGGUUGGCUGUGGAGCAAUAGGCUGUGAAAUGCUAAAAAACUUUGCACUUCUUGGUGUUGGUACUGGGCAAGACAAAGGAUUGGUUACAAUUACAGAUCCAGACUUGAUAGAGAAAUCCAACCUGAACAGGCAAUUUCUUUUUCGACCUCAUCACAUACAGAAACCUAAAAGCUAUACUGCAGCAGAAGCAACUCUGAACAUCAAUCCUUACAUAAAGAUUGAGUCUUAUAUUAGUAAGGUUUGUCCAGCCACUGAGAACACUUACAGCGAUGAAUUCUAUACCAAGCAAGAUGUGAUUGUGACUGCUUUGGACAAUGUUGAGGCAAGGAGAUACAUUGAUAGUCGUUGUGUAGCAAACCUGCGUCCUCUUAUAGACUCUGGAACUAUGGGAACGAAAGGACACACGGAAGUUAUUGUGCCCCAUCUGACAGAGUCCUAUAAUAGCCACCGAGAUCCACCAGAAGAAGAAAUACCUUUUUGUACCUUGAAGUCUUUCCCAGCUGCCAUCGAGCAUACAAUACAGUGGGCAAGAGAUAAGUUUGAAAGUUCAUUUUCUCACAAGCCUUCAUUGUUUAACAAAUUCUGGCAGACCUAUCCAUCCGCAGAAGAAGUUUUACAGAGAAUAAAAUCAGGGGAGAGCUUAGAAGGCUGUUUUCAUGUUAUUAAAACACUCAGUAGAAGACCCCGAAGUUGGAGUCAGUGUGUGGAACUAGCAAGAGUAAAAUUUGAGAAGUAUUUUAGCCAUAAGGCUCUUCAGCUCCUUCAUUCAUUUCCCCUUGAUACACGAUUAAAAGAUGGAAGUUUGUUUUGGCAGUCACCAAAGAGGCCACCUUUCCCAGUGAAGUUUGAAUUUAAUGAUCCUUUGCACUAUGGUUUCAUUGUGAGCGCAGCAAAACUCUUCGCAACAGUGUACUGUGUUCCUUUCACAGAAAAGGAUUUGUCAGAGGAAACUAUUUUGAAGAUUAUUUCAGCUGUCAAGGUACCGGAGUUCAGACCUUCAAACAAAGUUGUACAGACUGAUGAAACUGCAAGAAAACCAGAUCAUAUUCCAGUCAGCAGUGAGGAUGAAAGAAAUGCUAUUUUCCAGCUGGAGAAGUCGAUACUAUCCAAUGAAGCUAUGGAAAAUGACUUGCAAAUGAAGCCCAUCUCCUUUGAAAAAGAUGACGAUAGUAACGGCCAUAUAGAUUUCGUAACAGCAGCAUCAAACUUGCGAGCCAAGAUGUACAACAUCGAACCAGCAGAUCGGUUCAAAACAAAACGCAUUGCUGGAAAGAUUAUUCCUGCAAUUGCAACAGCUACUGCUGCAGUAUCAGGACUGGUUGCACUGGAACUCAUCAAAGUUGUGGGUGGUUACCCGGCUGAGGCAUACAAGAACUGUUUUCUCAACCUAGCCAUUCCCAUAAUGGUCUUUACAGAAACUGCGGAAGUAAGAAGAACAGAAAUCAGAAACGGGAUAUCAUUUACAAUCUGGGACAGGUGGAUAAUUUAUGGGAAAGAGGAUUUUACUCUAUUGGACUUCAUAAAUGCUGUCAGAGAGAAAUAUGGAAUUGAACCAACUAUGGUUGUACAGGGAGUCAAAAUGCUGUAUGUUCCUGUGAUGCCAGGUCACAUUAAAAGAUUAAAGCUGACGAUGCAAAAGCUUGUGAAACCAUCAGCUGAUAAGAAGUAUGUGGAUUUGACAGUAUCGUUUGCUCCAGAGACUGAUGGAGAGGAAGACUUGCCAGGGCCACCAGUGAGAUACUACUUUGUUCAGGAAGACAAUUGAUGGUAGAGACACAAAAGGCGCUCCUGGACCAUUUGUUCUGAAAGGAGUGUGCUAAUUUUCAGCUAUUAAAGAUGGUACUAUAUAUUUCUUUUUGGUGAAGCCUUAAUUAAAACAAAUGGUGAAAAUCAGUGGCUUUGUACUGAAGACAACUGGAUUUAUGUUUGGUCUGCUCCUGUUUUCUUCAAACUUGUUUGCUUCAAGGAAGAUUGGUCACUCCCUGAGAUGGAAUGCCCAGUACAGUCCUUACCUUAAAGACAGGAUUUGUAUUGAUUUGUGGGGAGCUGAAGAAAGCAAGAAUAAUGGUGAACGUAACAAAUGGUCCCCAUGUGCAAAUUAGGCCCUGCUUAGAGAAGAGUGCAAAAAAUGGGGCCACUGCCAUUUUAUGAUACUCCUGGUGUUCUAAAAACAUCGCAAAUCCAAUUCAUAUGUUACUUAAUUCUCAAACAAGAAUUUCAUUCUCGCCAUCCACACGUG